UUUCCGUACGGGGAAAUUUGGUGUGUGCGGAUUAGAAAGCUUCUUCGAUCUUCACCAUUGACUAUUAUUUGUUCAGUUUCCAUUUAAUUUGCAUUCUGCGGAUGAUUCCCUAUUAUUCCAUCACUCAUACUUCACACAAUCUUUAAUUUCAAUUUCAAUUUCAAUAUCUUGCCCACUCAAAUUCCUUCUUUCCCUUUCCAUUCGAUUCCCUUCUGCACCAGUUUCCCAACACUUCCGAUCCUCACCCAUUCAUGUAAUUAUCACAUUCCUUUGCCAUCGAGCAGGGGAAAUUUUCAUUUCUACUGAAAAUUGAAAUCGUGGUUCGAUUCUUCCCCCGAGUGCGAGGAAUUUGGGUUUCCUGAUUUGGGGUUUUGAUUUCAUCAUCUGGGUAUUGGAAAUUGCUGCUGGGAUGAAGAUCGUGGAAUUGGAAGACGCGGGGAAUGAUCGGGAUAACGAGGUCGGUAGUGGUCAGAUUGUGAAGGUCGAUGCCAAGAGAGCGUUGGUUGGGGCUGGGGCUCGGAUUCUGUUUUACCCUACCCUUUUGUAUAACGUGCUUCGGAACAAAAUGGAAUCUGAAUUCAGAUGGUGGGAUGAAGUCGAUCAGUUUCUGUUGCUGGGUGCAGUGCCCUUCCCCAAAGAUGUGCCGAGAUUGAAGCAGCUCGGUGUUGGUGGCGUUAUCACUCUCAAUGAAUCUUAUGAAACACUAGUUCCAUCUUCCUUAUAUUAUCGCCAUGGAAUUGACCACUUAACAAUCCCCACGAGAGACUAUUGUUUUGCUCCUAAAUUUUCUGAUAUUAGCCGAGCUGUGGACUUUAUUCACAGAAAUGCAUCGUGUGGUAAAACAACAUACGUUCAUUGUAAAGCAGGACGAGGACGGAGCACGACCAUUGUGCUUUGUUAUUUGGUCAAAUACAAGCACAUGACACCAUCUGCUGCUCUGGAAUACGUUCGCUCCAGAAGACCUCGAGUGUUGCUCGCCCCCUCACAGUGGGAGGCUGUUCAAGAAUACAGCAACCGCGGACCAGUUACGAGUUCAUGGUCAACCUCAGGAGGGGAUGCAGUCCUCAUUACAAAAGCCGAUCUAGAAGGAUAUCACAGUACGUGCAACGACAGUGCAGGUAGAGAACUCGCAAUUGUCACUAGGGUGGCUAAGGCGAAGCCCAUGAUAGCAAGGUUGUCCUGCCUCUUUUCCUCUUUGAAAGUUCCUGGCAGUGGUGGAUCUCUUAUCAAACGUUUGCCCGUGUCGGAGGCUCGUGCGUGUUGAUGGCUGGCUGACCUGGCUGGACCAUAGCACACCCCUGCUCAAGCGUUUCAACCUGCUUUUGUAUGGAAGUGUCAUGGGAGUAUAAGAAUCAAACCGAACCGAGAAGAAAGGAUUGAAUGCCACGGUCCAUUUGAACGCUCAUCAGUGAUUAUUAGGUUGUACAUAAGUGGUACAUCAAAAUCUUCCCUUCCCUUGAAUCAUCCGCUUGAGAAAACCUUGUGGUUUGUGCUGAAGGAAAAUAUUCAAAGCUUGUUUGGUAUGGAGUAAAAAAAAAAA